GCACAACUUGCCUCGCACCCCCACCUUGCCCGCAAUGGCGGCACAGGACCAUGCGCGCGUGUUUGUGUCGCUUGGAAUGUUCAUCAUAGACGAGUUCCAGUUCCACGACGAAGAAGACAUACCCACUGGUCGGACUCUACCUGCCCAGAUCGGGGGAGGCGGUACGUACGCCGCCCUAGGAGCCAGAAUAUGGCUACCCCCAGACAAAGUCGGAAUGAUUAUCGACAGAGGGACGGACUUCCCAGAACAUAUCCAACAGAAGCUAGAUGUGUACGACUCAGACAUGUGGCUGUUUAGAGAUCACAAGGAUCGCGUCACAACACGCUCACUCAACUCAUACAAAGGAGAACAUAGAGGGUUCCAGUACACAACGCCUCGACUGAGACUCACGCCGCGGAACCUCCAGGAGACGAAACUGAGGCGUCCGGAGAUGCUGCAUUUCAUCUGCUCGCCCACAAGAGCGGCAGCUAUCAUUUCAGAAGUCAAGGAGAGCAGCGACUGGAACCCCGUCACUAUCUACGAACCCAUCCCCGAUAGAUGUGUACCCGAAGAGCUGCAGCCUCUGAUAGGCGUCUUACCAUCAAUAUCUGUGUUGAGCCCCAACGCCGAAGAAGCCAUGUCCCUCCUGUCCAUACCAGGUCCGCCUACGAAGCCGCUCGUCGAGGAGGCUUGCCGCCGCUUCCUAGAGCACGGCGUAGGACCAGAGGGGAACGGGGCUGUCAUCAUACGAAGCGGAGCACUAGGAGCAUAUGUGGCUACCAGGAAAGGCGGCGGUGAAUGGAUCCCCGCCUUCUGGAGCGAGACCGAGGCUCCAGAACGAGUGGUAGAUGUCACAGGUGCUGGAAAUAGCUUUCUCGGUGGUCUUGGAUCCGGGCUUGCUCUGGCAGGAGGAAACAUUGUAGACGCGGCGCUCUACGGCACCGUCUCAGCAUCAUUUACGAUAGAGCAAGAAGGGCUACCUCAUCUCACCGAGACGCGUGUAGAAGAUGGAGUUACCAUCGAGCAAUGGAACGGAGACUCGCCGCACAGGCGGUUGCGAGAGCUACAAGAGCGUCUGCGCAGGCAGAGGGGUACGUAG